AUGACAGACUUCACCAAGGAAAUUUUAAUCAGCACAGCAGCUGGUAGCAUGGGCAAAAUGAUCAGCAUAGCAGCAACAGCAAGUUGUCACGUACUAAAGCUUUGCAUUUUAUAUCAAGAGGCUCAGCUUCUUCGUAAUGUGGAAGAAGAAUUUAUGCACAGAAAAACAGUUUUCAAUGAAUGCAACAGUUCCAUCAACAAUAGACUGUUAUAUUUGUGGGCACUUAGUGAUCAGCAGCAGCAGGACAGAACAAAAAAUAACAUGCGUAAUUUCUUGAUACAGACUACCAAGAACUGGAAGGCGACAGAGGAAAAAAUUGCACAAGAAUCUGUCAGCCUUCCUAUAUUCUGCAGAACAUCUCCAAAUAUUGCACUGUCUACAAUCUUGGAGAAGACACAGUAUGUAGCAGACUCAACAAAAUAUACAUUUCAGACUAUAACAGCACAUUUUCUAUGUUCAAGACAUGCUGCCUACCUUUAUAACGAGAUAAUGUGUGCCAUUGCACGUCUCUCAGGCUACAUAGCAGGUGCACACUACUCUUUGCUGAUGUCCAGGCUGACUCCCUAUCUGCUGAAGUUGGAUGCAACACUGGAGACAGUUGUCAAGACUGGUAGCUCUGAAGGUGUACAACCCCCACCAGGACCUUCCUCAGGAACAGAUCUGGAGGACAGCAGCCAGGCUGAGCAGAAAGCCCACAGUGACCACAGCUGUGCCUCUGGCCCCACAGCACCCAGCUGUCGGGAUCCCAUGUUUACUGUUGAUGGAAAGCUUGCUCCUACUGUGCAGGUGCCGGCACAGCUGUGUGCUGGGCCAUUUCCAAUGCCGAUGUCUGUACGUCUCCAACGCUUGCUACGGUCAUCGGCAUCCCAAGUGUCACUCCGUACAGCCACCAUACCAGCUAAUACAACUGGUACUGCAUCCACCAUUACUGUCAAGGCAGAACCUCCAGAUCCUGAUGCAUAUGCAUCACCACCACAUGCUACUGUCAGAACCAUGAGUGCUUUGGAUAACAGUGAGGAGGAAUGUGAUUUGCUGCCCAUCAAGAUGCCCCGGCUGGAGUCUGGCCUCUUGUCACCGCUGCCAUGA